AUGUCUUCCCCUGAAGCCGCGCCGUCCGUAAAGCGAACAGCACGCUUGAAACAGCAAGGAGAGAAAUACACGCUAUUUCUGCUGGAAAAUGGAACGCCAGUGGAAACCAAGAUAAUUGAAUCAAAGGAAGACAAAAUUGGUGGUCUUGGGUUGAUAGAUGAAGAUGGAUUUCCCAUUCCUGGUGCAAAAUACUCAAUGGUGACGAAAGGAUCCUCUCUGGAAUUGGAUGAUGGCAACUGUAACAAAUAUGAAGUAGAGAAUGAGACACCGUUCGAUGCUGCAAAUGGUGAGUUUUGUUUUGGUUCAUUCGUUCGUUUAUUGUUGAAUCUAUUCCGGUCGUCCUUGGCUAACAAUUAA